UAUUAGUAAAAUUGGCAUCUAACAAAAAAGAAAAAAUUCAAUAUUUUUGGAAGCCAUAACCAUUAUUUAAUAGAUGUUUAAAUUCAUUUGUUUGUCCUAACAGCUUAAAGAAAAAAGAAAAAACAGAUUAGUUCCAGGUACUGUUUGAAAACAAGUCAGUAUUUUGGAAAUGAAAAAGGAAAUAAUAAAUACUCUGCUACUCUUGUAUAUCAGAGAAACUGAGGUGGUAAUGUUUUGGAAAUACCUAAAAAAACAUUCAAUACGGAACAGAAAACGAUUAAUUAAUUAAAAAUUCAAAGUAAAAUGGAUAAUUUAUUAGUGUUGUUUGUUCGUAUGUCAUUAGUCUUUCUUUAAUUAUUAAAAUUAAAGUCAACUGCAUUGUGUUUGAUAUGUCAUUAGAAAAUAGAUUUUCAACAAUUGAGAACCAGAGCAUAAUACAAUAACCAAAGUGGAAGAUUUAUUAAAGUGAAUAGAGUAAUUGAAAUCUUCGAAAGGAAUGCCGAGUAAUAAAUUCUCGCUAUAUUUUUACAAAAUAUUCAAAUGGGAACCGUCGAAUAUUCACGACUCAAUUGUGCCGGUGCUAAUUUUGAACUGGAUUACAGGAUUAAAUAUGUUUGAGUAUCCAUUAUCAAAAGCGAGACCAUUUUUUACCUUUUUUUAUGUUCUGCUGCUCAAUUUGUCCUAUUGGAUUGUUGUCUUGAAUGUCAGAAGUAUGCAAAAUCAUGAUGAAGUAAGACAAAUAGGUAGAAAUAUUUUCAUAUUAAUUGUUUACAUCAAUUCAUGUGUCGCGACCAUUUCGAUUGUGUUCGGCUGGAUCAACUACAAGGCAUUUAAAGCUAAUCUUCAAAAAUUAGAAUCACUAGACGGAGCUUUAGAAAAUGUGGGCAUUCCGCAUAAAUAUCGAAGAAUCUUUAUUAGUUCGAUGAAAAAACUAUUUAUAUGGCUUCUCAUGGCUGUUAGUCUGAUUUACAGUGAUUUAAAUCUUUUCUUGACAAUGUACGAUAUGUCAUCGAGUCUUAAUCUUUUAUACUUGUUUCAUUUUCCACUUCAACUGAAUUCUGUGGUUGACUUCACCUUCACUGCACUUGUAACCUGCGUUGAAAGAAGAUUUGCCAGUAUUAAUUCACUCUUAGAGAAACAAUUGCCAGUUUACAAUGAAAUAGAAGCAGCAAAAGAAUUAUUUCCAAAACACAAUCAAGUUCAUAUUAUAAUGGCUACAAAAGAAUCAAAUUUUACCAAUAAUUCAGAGCAACUAACAAUGUUGAUUUUAGUUAGAUAUCUUCAUAUGGAAUUGUCGAAAGUAGCCUGGGAGCUGAACAGAAUUUAUGAAAAGCAACUAAUGAUGAGAAUGGGAUCACACUUUAUGAUAAUAACAGGUCUUUUGUACAAUCUAUUCACUCUGAUCUUCUUUGUUAAGGAGACGUUUAACGAUACACUUAGAAUCAUAAUCAGUAAUGCAAUAUGGUUCGGAGUAUAUUGCUAUCGAUUUCUGAAACUCAAUUCCACUUGUGCUAGAGUCAGUUCCGAGGCGCGCAGAACAAGGAAUAUUCUCUUUGAACUCAAGAACACAACCAGUGAUAAAGUGAUUAUUGAAGAGAUUGAAGAGUUUGCUCUACAAUUGACACAACGUCCUUUGGCAUUCAGUGCAGGCGGUUUAUCCACUCUUGAUUAUUCUUUUGUGAGAGCAUUCAUAGGUUCCGUGACGACAUAUCUUGUUUUACUCAUUCAAUUCAGUCCGGAAAUGCGAAAAUGCAACAGAGCCAAAAAUUAAAUACAUAACAAU